AGGAGGAGGGGGCCAGGCCACUGCACACCCGGGGACGGGGCCUCCUGACCCUCCCUCAGUCAGCCCAAUGGCCUGCCUCCCUGGCCGUGACCACUCCCGUGGGCUGGCUUCCCUGCGCGCCCAAACAGCCCAGCAGCCGGAGUCCACCCGCAUUCCUGUGAACGCUGGGCGCUGCUCCCUACUUCUCAGGAGGAAAGCUCUCUUGGAAGAGCUGGAAAGGUGCCCGACUCCGGCCAUGCUGGCUCCUUCGCUGCUGUGUGCCUGCCUGCUGCUGGCGGCCCCCGCCUCGCGCGCCUGGCCCGGUUCCGACCCGGAGGAGCCCGGCUCCAGCACGGCGGCGCAGAUCCGCGACAUGCACGAGAAAGUGACGGCCAUCUGGCAGGAGCUGACGCAGCGGCGGGCGGCGGCCGAAGGCGGCCCGGACGCCGCGCUCCACGCCGCCUGCCGGGUGCAGCCGUCCGCCACGCUGGACGCCGCGCAGCCCCGGGUGAGCGGCCUUGUGCUCUUCCGGCAGCUGGCUCCCGGCGCCCGGCUCGAGGCCUUCUUCGACCUGGAGGGCUUCCCGGCCGAGGCCAACAGCUCCAGCCGCGCCAUCCACGUGCACCAGUUCGGGGACCUGAGCCAGGGCUGCGAGUCCACGGGCGCGCACUACAACCCGCUGGCCGUGCCGCACCCGCAGCACCCGGGCGACUUCGGCAACUUCGCCGUGCGCGACGGCCGCCUCUUCAAGCACCGCGGCGGCCUGGCCGCCUCGCUCGCCGGCCCGCACUCGAUCGUGGGCCGCGCCGUGGUGGUGCACGCGGGCGAGGACGACCUGGGCCGCGGCGGCAACCCCGCCAGCGUGGAGAACGGCAACGCGGGCCGCCGGCUCGCCUGCUGCGUGGUGGGCGUGAGCGGCCCGCUGCCCUGGGCGCGCCUGGCGCAGGAGCACGCGGAGCGCAGGAAGCGGCGGCGGGAGAGCGACUGCAAGGCCGCCUGAGCGCGCACCCCGCUUCCCUGCGGGCCCCGACGCCCUUCCCUUCCGCGCGCGCCCGAGACCUGCCCCCUGCCUGCCUCGAGUCUCUCCCUCUGCUCCCAGAGAGACCGCCCCCGCCCCGGGGUCCCAGUGCUGCCAUGGCUGAGGUCUCCCCCAAGAGCCCCUCCACCCAGAGGCCUCCAACCACGUAUGCUGAGACACGCCUCUGCCUCCAGAAGGCAGCCCCCGCCCUCUGAGACACUCAUCCUGAGCUCUGAGGACCCCCGGAGGUAUUGAAAUACCCCAUCUGCCCUCCCCAAACCUCUCCCGCCUCCCCCAGGUCCCUUUCCACCCUGACACCCUUACCCUCAGUCCAGGAGCCCUGAAACCCCUCUUUGCCCUAAGGCCUCAGCUCCUCCCACCCCGUAGAUUCCUUCUGAGACCCCUCCUGAGGUUACCCAGAACCCUCGCCCGCCCAGCCACCUCUCCCGCACCCUGCCAGCUCAAGCAGCCUGCAGUCAGGCGCCCCUGCCCGGUGCCCUCAGCUGUCACUCGCCCACUGCCACCCGCAGAGAGCUGCCCCUUUGGGAGCUGUUUGGCAAUCUUUGUGUUGCACAUUAAAACUCAGCAAUUCAGACUUGCAUUUGGGGCCUUGGUUACUUAUUUUGUCUGUCUGAGGCUCUGCUCCCAGGCUCAGCUAGUCUUUGGAAAGAGCAAAGAUAUUUCCCAAAUCCCCACAGGAUUUCUCCUUAUCCUCUCUCUCCAAGUCUGCUGGCCACGGUAUUCAGUGUCUGGUUGGCACGUCUUCUGUGUGGCUCCCAAGAUGGCGGGCACCGGGAUCACUCAGGAAAGAGAGAAAAAAAAAAAAAAUGACGGCUUCCUGGGCUGGAAUCCAAAGGGAAAGAUGGACAUCUAUUUGCAACAAGCUUCCUGGUGAUUCCCAGGCUGGAGCCACCGGCCUGGCACACGGCUCAUGCCACCUCACUGGGCCUUGGGUCUCCUGGCAUGGGCCUCUAAGUGCAGCCCGAGGUCCACUUCCCAGAUGGCGGGGAGAGGGCCAGUGAAGCAGUCGAGCGGGCAGUUUACAGGGAGGUUGGCAUUGCUGUCUGAAGUUGCUGGCCUUCUCCAAAACCCGGACAAGGACAAUGUUCUUCUUCUUGACUUCUUGACACAAAGGCAGAUGGAACCAUGGAGCCCAGUGGCAGGCUGAUUUUGAUUAGGACUUGGAUGUUCAGCCUCUCUUUUUGAGAAGCAUAAUCUUUACACACACUAGAUCAGAAAGUGCACCCACCUUUAUUUAUUUUUUAAAAGAUCUUUAUUUGUUUUAGCGCGCACGUGCGUGAGUAGGGGGAGGGGCAGAGGGUGAAGGAGAGAGGGAAUCCCAAGCCGACGCCACACUGAGCGUGGAACCUGACGUGGGGCUCGAUCCUAGGUCCCUGAGAUCAUGACCUGAGCUGAAAUCAAGAGUUGGAAGCUUAACUGACUGAGCCAUCCAGGUGCCCCAUCCACCCUCGGUGAUUGAAUAGAGGCACUCCCAAUAACUUUCUAACGUCCUUGGGGAGACCCACUCUAGCUGUAGGUUUUCCACCCUGGUUACUCAGAGGCAGCUUCCAUUUCUCCCAGACUCUCAAGGCAGUGAGUCAAAUGGAACCUUUGCCAGAAACCCAUCCCCAGUGGUUAUUUUUGCUUCUUACUCGGACUAACUUAUUAUUUAAAAAUCUCUCCUUGAACCCAAGUGACACCCGGAGAGAGAGGUUUCUGCCUGGUGACUGCUCCACCAACUGGCUCUCACUGGUUUGAAGUAUUAACUUGAACUGGGCAGAACUCAGCACUGAGAGGGAACUAGGAAACGGAGGCUUUAAAUAUCCUGACCUCAACAGAUGUGUGUGCCUAUCCCCACAGUUAAAAGUCGUGAAAACGAGGCAGGAAUCACAGAGGACACACAGUGGAGGCAUCAACACCCCAUGGAUGGAUGCCCAGCACCCCAUCUUCGACUCUGCUGCCCCGAUUAUAGGUUAAUUCAGAAUCAUCAGGGGAGGUUUGGACUUAUUUUGAGAAGGAGACUGGUGCUUCUCAUCACUAACCUUCUGCUGUCGUCCAUCCGGGCUAUCACAAAAUAUCACAGACUGAGUGGCCUAUAAACAACAGAAAUUUGUUUCUCACAGCUCUAAAGACUGAAAGUUCAAGACCAUGGCACCUGCAUAGUCGGGUGAGAGCUCUCUUUGGGGUUCACAACUAUUGACGUUCACUGUGUCCUCACAUGGAGGAAGGGACUAGAGAUCGCUCUGGAGCCUCUUCCGUAAGGCUCCCCCCAUCAUGACUUGGGGACCUCCCAAAGGUGUCACCUCUUGUUACCAUCAUCUUUUGGGGGUUAGAAUUCCAAUGUAUGAAUUUGGGGGGAACACAUUCAGAUAAUAGCAUCUUCUGUUCUUAGUUUCUCUUUUCACUACCCUUGGCCCCCCUCAAGACUAAAGAGAUACCCUAGCAGACCCAUUCCUUUUGCUUUCUGUUCAUUAAAGGGAAUUGGAUUGAUAAACUGUUUCGUGGGGCUCCAGAGACAAGAAACAGAGAAAGGAAAUAAUAGAAGGGUAAAUUACAGUUCACUGUAAAGGCAAAGGAAUGCAUCUAGCAGGGUGGUUGACAGCUCACGCUCAAGUAGAAAGGCCUGUUUGGAACCCCAGCUCUGCCACAUUUAAAGCUGUGUGACCUAAGUCACUUCACCUCUCUGGGCUUGGGUUUUCU